CAUGUAUCAUAUAUUAUAUAAAAUAAAUGAUAUUUAACCUAUUGCAUGAAAGAAAUUUCUGAAAUAAAUCUAAAUCUUAUAAAUUAUAUGUUGAUUUAAAAGAUAUUAAAAGUAGAACAGCUAUGAAUUCGACAGAAAAAUAUAAAGAUUUAUUACCUAUAAGCAGUGUUUAUAAUGAAGAUGGUACUGUAUUUAAAUCUCAAUUUGUUGGACUUGAUGAUAAACCUUACAAUACAAAAUGUGUUUUGUGCGAUGAAAAAUUCGUUCUUCCUAAAAAUGAAAAACAAUUGUUGUCUCAUUUAUUUGAAAAACAUCGUCUUGUAAUAGGAGAUGUUUGGAAUAUUGCUAGUUUAAAAAGCUAUAUACAUUAUUGGAGUGUGAAAUUUAAGGAAGAGCCUUUAACUAAAUUCUGUACAACAAUGUUAAUGGAUUGCACUCCUGCUGGAGAACCAAGUAAAAAUGAAAAAUAUUAUUUACUUUCUGAUUGUAUUUCAGAAGAUAAAACUUUAAGAGAUGAAAUACAUCAAGCUAAACUGGAAUGGGUUUUAUCAGAACAAGCAAGAGAAAGGAAAGAUACGAACUUUAAUCGUGGUUGCAUGUUUUGUAGAACAGAAUUUUCAGGUUUACGUAUUACGUAUAUAAAGCACUUAGCCCAAAAACAUAAUUUAUACCUUGGGAAACCAGAUAAUUUGGUAUUCAUAGAUGAAUUUUUAGAUAAAAUUCAAACAGCUAUUGAAAAUUUGAUAUGCAUAUAUUGUGAAAAAUUGUUUAAAGAUCGUACAGCUUUAAAGGAACAUAUGCGUAAGAAGCUACACAAAAGGAUAAAUCCAAAUAAUAAAGAGUAUGAUAAAUUUUAUAUAAAUAAUUACUUGGAACCUGGAAAAUCAUGGAGACAUAAACAGAAUACUUGCACUGAAAAUGAUGUGGUAGGAGAUCAAAGCAGUGAAAAUGAGGAUGAAGAUACCUGGUCAGAUUGGAAUGAUGAAGGCAUUGGAAUAUCUUGUUUGUUCUGUACUUACAGUGAUAAGCAUUUCCAUCUUAUUCUUACACAUAUGAAAGCAGAACAUGAUUUUGAUUUUAAAAUUGCAUCAAAAGAUUUAACAUUUUAUCAAAAAGUAAAAGUAGUUAAUUAUGUCAGAAGACAAAUUUAUCUAAAACAAUGUGUCUUUUGUGAAAUGAAAGUGGAUACUGUUUUGGAACACAUGAAGGAAGAAAAUCAUUUUAAGAUACCUUCAGAAAAAGUGUGGGAUCAACCAGAGUAUUAUUUUCCUAUGAAUGAAAAUGAAUCCUUUUUAUAUAAUUUGGAUACAAGUAGUACUAGUGAUGAAGAAAGUGAUAUUGAAAAUGCUACAGAGGCAAUGUAUGAAACACUUAAAUAAUAAAGACUUUCUGAAAAAUAUAAAAA